UAUAUAUACCUAGUGAUGAUGAUAUUGCUACACUAUUGUGUUGUCCCAAACUCAAUGUAGUUAGUUCCUCCAGUAAAAAAAAAAUGUAGUUAGUUCCGGGUCGUGAUGGGCCGUUACCAGGUAGGGACACGUAUGUCCAAUACCAGGGGCAAAUCCGUAAAAUCUCGUUAAUAAUAGGACGGUAACUACGACGGUAACUUUUGGUUGUUACUGUUGUUACUGCGACUGUAAAAAUCAUUUGUUUUCUCUCUCUAGAAUUUUCAGCCCUUCCUUUUCUCUCUGUAAAAAGGAUCUCAUCGGGAAACGUCAUCGGAAUUCCAAACCCAAAUUUAGCCAUAAAUUAAGCGAGUCUUGAUCGGAAAACGGCCCGAAAAUCGUCGAAUUAGGCUGGGUUGGUUGCCGUUUAGAUAAAGGGUUGAGGUGUUGUCUUCUUUUGGUGUCGUUGAAGAGAUCUGGGCUAAAGUUGUUCGUUGUUGUAGAAGGUAUAUCUGUUGUCGGUUGUCGAUACACCUCGCAAAACACUAGGUUGAGCAUGGCAGGUGGCGGAAGCAGGGGCGGUGGAAGGGGUGGUCGAAGCGGUGGUAGAGCAGGACGUUCUCGUGGUAUAGUCGAAAAGAAUGUAGGAGAAGAAAUAAUCGAUGAAGAUGAGUUAGAAUCUCUUGGUACGAAGCAGAAGGUUUGCAAGAAAAUUGAUGAUGCUGUCUGCCGGGACAAUAAACUUAGUGAAGGAGGAAAGAUGAAGGAAAAUGGUAAAGUAAUUCAAAGAAUGAAGGAGGAGCUCAAAAGGCCUGAAAACAUAAAUUGUCGGGUGGAGGAUUUUGGCAUGAUUCUAAAUGAGUUUUGUGAAAAGAAGAGGAAGAUAGUUGAGGAGAUGGGAUUUUCUGGACUGUUUGGUUUAGUGGACAGACAACUUCCUAGGGAGUUGUGUUAUUGGCUUGCUACGAGGGUUGAUGUACCCUCAUACUGCUUGGUAACACCCGAUGGGCUGGAGUUUACAUUUGACCCCAUUCAAGUCCAUUAGGUUCUAGGGAUUCCAAAGGGUCAUUUGCCGGUUCCGAAGGUAGCCGUCGAUGAAGAUUUGAAGCAUUUUCUUAAAGGUGUACUUGCGCGAUUCAGUACGACUUCCCCUACCAAUGUGAAAGGGAUAUCGAGGAAAUACCUAGUAUAGGCAGUAGAAGAUCCACUUGAAGAUGUGUUUGAGUUCAAGGUUGCUUUCUUGCUGCUAGCCCUUGUGAAUAUUCUGUGUCCUACUACCUGGUAUAGGCUCUGUCCUAAGUUACUCCCAGCAGCAAUUGCAGCAGUGGACCCUCAGUCUUAUGACUGGUGUUCCUUAGUGCUUGAAAAACUUAUGUAUUCAGUUUCAAGCUUUGCAAGGAGUGUCUAUCCUUCAGGGUUUUCAAAGGGUUGUGAAGGAUGCACAAUUUUUCUUGCGAUAAUGUAUGUUGAUCGUUUGCGAAGGCCACCUGUCAAAUGGGGGGUAUUUCCUCGGUUGAAGGCCUGGUCAGAAGUUGAAAUUAACAAGGCAAAGAAGGCUGAUCGCAUAAGCCGCGGAGGUGACUUUGGGAAGUUAGGUUGUGUCAAUGCGUCUUAUGGAAGGCCACAUGAAAGGGCUGCAUUGGACCGUAUGCUUGUGAAAAUAAGUGUUAUGGCUGUAGAGAUUGUUGAAGUGUUAAUGCAAGCUGUUGAUAUAGAAGAGGAGGAUGUAGGUGGAGGGGAUCUUAUAUCCACUCAAGGAGUGAAAAAGCGUCC